GCGGCGGCCACGGCGCAGACACACGCCUUCCCGCCGGCGCGCGCCGGGGUCGAGCGGGCGGCCGGGCGGCCGAGCCACCUCCGGAGCCGCGCGCGGAGCGGGCCGGGCCUCCGACUCGGCAUGGAGCCCGAGAUGCAGGCGGCGGAGGAGGGGCCCAGCGCGCCCCGCAUCUACAAGCAGCGCGGCCCCUACAGCGUCCUCAAGACGUUCCCCAGCCGGCGGCCGGCGCUGGCCAAGCGCUACGACAGACCCUCUCUGCUAGAGCUGUCGCCCGCGCGGCCGUCCCCGCUGCCGCCGCCGCCGCCGCCGCCGCCCUUCGCCUCGCUCGCCGCCGUGCCCAUCAGCAGCAGCGAGCCGCCGCCGCCGCCGCCGGCGUUCCCGACGCAGCCGUCCUACCCGGCCGCCUCAGGCCGGGUCCCCGCCGCCGCCGCCGCCUCGUCGUCGUCGCCGUCCUGCACACCCGCCGCGCCCCCGGGCCAUCCGAGGACUCCGGCGCCGCCACCGCCGCCGCCGCCGCCGCCGCUCGCGGCCCCCGCCGCCUCGUCGUCGUCGUCUUUCGCCGCCGUCGUCAGGUACGGCCCUGGCCCGGCGGGCGGCGCGGCCAGCAGCAGCGCGGGUAGCGACGGCGCCAGCCUGGAGCUCAGUGCAGAGAGCCGGAUGAUCCUGGAUGCCUUUGCCCAGCAGUGCAGUCGUGUUCUUAGUCUCUUAAAUUGUGGAGGAAAGCUUCUGGACUCCAACCACUCCCAAUCCAUGAUCUCUUGCAUCAAGCAGGAAGGCUCUAGUUAUCACGAAAGACAGGACCAGUGUCACAUCGUGAAAGGGGUCCAGAGUCAGACCUCUGACAACAUAGACAUAGAAAUGCAAUAUAUGCAAAGAAAACAACAAACUUCUGCCUUUUUGAGAGUGUUCACUGACUCUCUCCAAAAUUAUCUGCUCUCGGGAAGCUUCCCCACUCCAAACACCUCAUCAGUCAGCGAGUACGGCCACCUGGCAGAUGUGGACCCUCUCUCAGCCUCCCCGGUGCACACCUUAGGUGGCUGGACCUCCCCAGCAACGUCUGAAUCCCACGGUCACCCAUCCUCCUCCACGCUGCCGGAGGAGGAAGAGGAAGAGGAAGAAGAAGGCUACUGCCCUCGAUGCCAGGAGCUGGAGCAGGAGGUUAUCUCGUUGCAACAAGAAAAUGAAGAGCUCAGAAGAAAAUUAGAGAGCAUCCCAGUGCCAUGCCAGACCGUCCUUGAUUACCUAAAGACAGUGCUGUUGCACCACAACCAGCUCCUGCCACAGCCUGCCGACCAGCCCACCGAGGGAAGCAAGCAGCUGUUGAACAACUAUCCCGUGUACAUAACGAGCAAACAGUGGGACGAGGCUGUGAAUUCUUCCAAGAAAGACGGGAGGCGGCUCCUGCGGUACCUCAUCAGAUUUGUUUUCACCACGGAUGAGCUUAAGUACUCAUGCGGCCUUGGGAAAAGGAAAAGGUCAGUGCAGUCAGGAGAGACAGGUCCCGAAAGACGCCCUCUGGAUCCAGUUAAAGUCACGUGCCUCCGAGAAUUCAUUAGGAUGCACUGUACCUCAAACCCUGAUUGGUGGAUGCCCUCGGAGGAGCAAAUAAACAAAGUGUUCAGUGAUGCUGUUGGUCAUGCCCGACAGGGGCGGGCAGUGGGGACUUUCCUGCACAACGGUGGCUCGUUUUACGAAGGGAUGGACCACCAGGCUUCCCAAGAUGAGGUCUUCAACAAGAGUUCACAGGAUGGAUCUGGGGACUAGUGGACAGAAUCGUCCCAGUGCUGUUUGGUUUCUUGUGUAAGAGCUCCAGUUGUGAAUGUCCAUUCCCUUGUCACUUAGAGUCCAAAGCAUGUUAUUCCGUCAUACUUUACACAUUCUCGAACUGUAAAACUCUCUUGACCCACUGCCACAGUUCCCAAAUAGGAAUCCACUUUAGGAUUUUGGGGGGAAAUCUCUAGCACCUGCAGUAGAUUUGGGGUGUGUUAUAUCACAGAGGAAAAUGUACAGUUGACAUGAAGUCAUAUCUAGCUAGACAUUGAGGGUGUCUCCGGUCCCAGAUCUUGAGGGAAGCCUGGCCUCUUGAGCAGAGCUGGUCUCCAGGGAAGGUUCAGUUAGUAUUCCUGCAUAUGGGGGAAGGGAAGACAAGCAGCACACAUUUUCUUUAAUUUGAGUAAGCUGUCUUCAGUUUCCUAAGACUUGAUUGACUUGAUUUCAGAGUUCUCAGCAAAGACACAAGCUAGGUGACACUGUAAGCUUCCAUCUGUUUUAAACUCUUAUGGUAAGAAGCCAGAACUGAGGCCAUGUCUGUAGACAGUGCUUACGUGGAAGUCAGCUACUUUUCUGUUAUCUUACAGACAAAACUCACUGUGUCAAUCAGAAAGGCAGUCUCGCUGCUUUACAAGCAGAGACUCUCUAUAUGUUUAGGAAACAUCCAAAGACUCAAAACCAUUUUCAAAUGCCUCAUUUCAUAAGUUCCUAACACAGCCUCCGUAGCCUUAAAUCAUACUUCACUGACACAAUGCCAGGGUGAUGGGUUCAGCGAGAACCUCCACGAGCUAGCCGUUUGGUAAGAUCAAAUACAGGGCAUGAACGACGGCAUCUGCUGUUGAUCAGGGGUCUGGUACUGUAGACAUGUAGCUUCAAGGCCGUUCUGACAACUAUGCAAUGGCUUGUGGGUGAUUUCUGUGAAAUUUAAGGCCUUUUCUGGGCUGAGUGAAGGUUGAGAAUAUAUAAAACUUCUGUUUCCCACUGUCCUGGAUGGAAACACCCCAUCCAGCUGUGCCCAUUCUCCUCAGCCUAAACUCUGAGUUACUGUUCCACAUCCCUGCUUAGUUUGUGGAGUCCAUCUGUGAGGUUAGUGAAGCUUUUCCCAGGAAAGACUUCAGAGGGGCUGUAGUUGUUACUGAUGAAGACUAAACUUUGCAUGUGAGAAGUCUGACUUUGUUAAAUCAAGGUUACUGGGUUCUUUGUGGAACCAAAAGCUGAGUGGGUAGCAUUUAUGAAGAUUAUGAAUGUCAUCUAUAGACACAGCAAAGAGCUUUGAAAAUGGGAUAGAAAUUCAAACUGUGAGUAUCCACUUAGAAAUGGACUUUUUGGGAGGCCAAUUUUGUCAGAAUAAAUUGCACAUCCUUUAGAUUCAGCAUUUAGCAUCAGAUUUUGAACAAACCAGCUGAACAGUUUAAAAAUAAAAGAAGUUAAAUGAGUAAGUGAGCUGUCAUUUACAGUGGACCUAAGACCAGUGUCUGUGGCUGUCCAGGAGAAAGGAUUGUUGUUUUUUUCAUAACUAUGAGAACUGUCUCUGAAUAACAGCCAGGAUGGUGAUAGCUUGCUGGUCUGGGGCACUCACUAUCAUCUCGUUAAAGUCCUCAUCUGUCCUACUGAAGACUUCUCUUAUUUCUGUUUAUCCACACUGCUGAGUCCCGUUCCUCUCUUUGGCAGUUUAUAUACUGCCUGCUCAACCUCAUUGAAUUUGGUCUGUAAGCUCAAACAAGCCUUCCUUGGUUGUCUUCUAGUCUUUAAAUGAUCUAUUGAGUUUUCUCUUCCAUGAGUUAGCAACUUUAUAGAAGUUUGGAAAGUUGAACCUUCAUAUAAGGAAUCAGAAGGUCCCCAUGGAGUGGCCUGAGAAGGCUCUGGUCUCAACACCAACUCUGGGUAGCAUCAUGCCCUGGGAUAAGCCCUUGUCAGUGAAGCUUCUAAUUGCCAUCUCUGCAUAGACUGUUAUUAGCUUUAGCUGACUAAGAACCUGUGCUGUUCAGCCUACAUCACCUUCCCUAUCACAUGUAGCUCUAAGGAAGAGGGUAUCUAAAUCAUUUGUGGGUAACUGUACAGCUGCACCUCUCAAGUCUACUAUCAGGUCAAGAUCAGCAACUGGAAGAGUUGAUCCUUAACAGAGGGUUGCAUACAUUGCAUUAAAUCUUCCACUUCACUUGUUGAGGUUUUCUGAUCAUGUGAUACAUCAGUCCUAAUUCAGCUUUUGCAGUCUUCAAAUCUGGUGUCUCUUUAACUUCAGGAUUUUCCCAAGGUACGGGCUUACCCAUUUGGUUAAACGCUCCAGCUCAGUUGACGGGCUUACCCAUUUGGUUAAACGCUCCAGCUCAGUUGACGGAUGAGCGGGAACAAGACUUUCUUUCCUAUUUUAUAUAAAGAAGGGGAAAUCACCUAGAGACAAGUUAUCGCAGUGAUUUACCUCCACCAAGGGUUCUUGCCACUUCCUUCAGAUGUGCAAAUGGCAACUGCUACUUCCUGUGUGGCAUUGCAAGGUCUGGAUAAAAAGUGCAAUGGACUUCUGGUGAGCUGUUGUCAAUUCCAUCUGGAAUGCCCUGGUCACAUGCUUGUAAACUAGAGAAAUCAACUCCAUAGUGACCAAAGACUGUUGUUGGAGCAUCGCUCAAUAUGAUGUCAAAGGGGUAUUUCUUGGGGCAUGAUCCAAGGUCUGUGAAGUCUGAUCUAGGAAAUCUCCAGUGUCAGGAAACCUUGGGUGGAGCCCUCCAUCACCCCACUUGCCAUUAUGUCAUCCCUCUUGCACUGAGCUGCAGUUCCUCUUGCUGCUGGGCAUGUUGUCCCUGCUACAGCAGCAGUGUGUAGCAACUGCUUUUAAAGGAUGCAGACUCGCAGGCUGUGCAUCCAUCUUGGAGUCUUCUGUGGUGCAGGUCUUCAUGGUGGGUGACAGGAGCAUGUUGGGCAUCAACUCUUUGAGCCUUUGACUUCCCACAGGUAUAAGGUAGGAAUAGGAACCUCCGGGCUGCUGUUUCUGCCACUUGAAAGGACACCUGUGCUAGGUUUGCCACUGCCUCUGUUCCUGAGGCACUUGCUCCCUGCCUCUCAUUUUCAGGCCAGGAGUGUCUGGUUUGCCAGCAGUUUCCCACGAGUGACUAGUUCUGAAACAGUGGACAUGAUGAUGUUGUGCGUACAAGGCAACUAAGGACUACAGUGCUGACCUCCUCAGCACUGUAGCCAGUUCUCACACGGAGUUACCUGUGGACCUGUAAUCCUCAGCCCUGUUGAGUGUCUGUUUUUCCUGCCUGUUUAUACGAUUGCUGUUUUCUUCAGCUUACUUAGUUCACUGCCUGAUACCAACAAUCAGACAGUUAGGUUUGUUCCAGCAGUCUGCUGGCUCUUUCCCUUUGUGGGGAUUCAUUUAAGGCUGGGGUGCUACUCGGGUCAUGGUGGUUUCCUGUGUGGUCCCGAGUGUUAAGUCAGCCUGUGAAAGGUGCCACCUCUAGCAGAACUCACUGUCAAAACUGGCUACCCCGAUUUCUCCACAUGCCUUUGGUUUGCUAUUUAGAGGAUUGAAGAUACUGUCUUUAGAGACUUGAUUUGAUUUUCCACAUCCUUCUGGCAGUUGGACACGUUGCUUUCACAAUGCAAAACCUAGUCCUCUGUCAACUUUUAGAAUUACCCUGAGCCAUUCAGUGUUGGUUGGAAGUAGACUUGUGUUAAAAAUAUCUCAGGAGGCAGCUGUGCCCUGUCGCUGGUGAGGAAAAUGUGGUUGGCAGGACUGUGUAACUAGAUGUGGCGUUUUCUUCAGUGACUAGGUAGGUCCAUAGUCCCAGUAUCAGAGGCUCUGUAGUUAACAGCGCUUUCAUGGCAUGUCCUUCAUUUUCCACAUUAAAAAGCCUGCUCACAAGGGUUUAACCCCAGGCACAGAUCUUGCCAAGAGAAUGAUGACCCUGGACUGAGACCAGGGACCUGUGGAGUGAGAGCAGUGUUUUACAUUUGAUAAGGCCUCAUUUCUCACCAGCCCAUUUGUGGGUGUGGAGCCUCUCGUGGUCUCAAAAAAAGUAUAGCUGUUUCUACAAGUCCUGAACUCUGUUCCUCAUCUGUAGCAGAAUUUAGGGGGCUAUCACCAUGUGUCUCCCUAAGGUAGAGAGCAGAGGAGUAAAAAGAGUACUGAUCUCUUGGUCAGGUGUUGAGGGAAGCAUGUCCCCGCUUGUGGCUGUCGUCAGUGGGCAGUUCCUGUACACUGUCCCUUACCUUCGGUGACCAGCACUGAGGCCUAUGUCAGGAUGAUAAGGCGACACGUUACUACAAUCUUACUUGGUACAGCUACUCCACAUGGCACUUACGGCCAUUGGAUUGUAGUUUUCACUCAGUCCAAUAGUGAAUGAUUUGCUGUUUACACAAAAUCUACACAAUAACUCUUAAACUUAGGAAUCUGCAGGUGUGUGGUUUCUACAUAUCUCUGCCAUUUAAUGACUUGUGCCUCUUCUGCAGCUCUGAGAAAGUGAAUGGAACUCCUGGGAAGAUGUGAAUUAUGUCCAGAGCCCAAACUUCACCCUCAUUUGAGUUCUCUGUUUUGCAAUACAGGGGGUCAACUAUUAUUCAGUAUGUGCUCUAGACUAACUCUGACACCCACUGACUACCUCCUUAGUUUCUGUAUAAACCAGUUGUCUCUUUUAGUUUAAAGGUCAUUUUUUGGUGAUUUAGCAUUUUAAGUGUAUAAUUUCUUCAGCUAGUGCUGUAUCAUCUCACAGUACAGGUCUGUGUUAAUCUGUGACAGCUUUCAUGUGUGGGUUUGUAAAAAUGUAAUAGAAAGUGGUUUUGCACAUACGGUGUGAGUCUUGCUGCUGUGUGCUUAAUGUGGCGACACUUGCCAAAGCUGCUUGGCAAACUCGUCAAAAGGGAUGCUUGAGUCACAACUAAUGCAAAUGUGUCGCAACAGCAGUGUGUGUCAUGAUGUAUUUUUGUAAACACAGUGAUGGCUUCUUUCAGUCAUAUAAGUACUGGAUAAAAAUAAUCACUUGAAACACUGGAGAGAAAUGUCACUUAGCUGAUGGCAAAACUACUCGCAUUGUCAGCCAGGGGCGUGUGUGUGUGUGUGUGUGUGUGUGUGUGUGUGUGUGUGUGUGUGUGUGUGUGUGUGUAACAGAGGGAAGAAUUGACAUCAGCAAUGUGGAGGGCAAAAGUAAUACCCCAUUGAAUUAGAGGCCACUGGUACUCCCUGUAGCAUAUUGGAUUUUAGGGAAUAUUGGGAGAACUGGAAUGUUCACACUAAAUUACUAGCCUUGUCAGUUUGACUACUGAAGGCAGUGCAUUACCAAAAAUUUUUGAUUCUAAGCUUCCAUAGCUGGCUGUAAGGGCUGUGUUCUUCUUGUUGAAUCACUGUUCCCCAAAUUGCAAUGAAAGUACAUCUGCUAGCGAUACCCAUUCAAAAACCUGGUUGCUCUGAGCAGUGGCACCAGUACAAGUGGCCAGAUGCGCCUCAGAGUGUUGUAGAUUAUUCGGUCCCUUGGAAUUCACUCCCACAGCAAUAGUAACUACAGCUACCUAAGUGUGACUCUUGACUCCUGCGUGCUAGUUGCUUUGAUAAGCACUUUAAUGUGUCCUCUCCUCUCCUUGUACCUUCUCAGCUGCCCUAAGAGCUGUUCCUGCCAGGGUGCUCACCUGAGCUUUCUUUGAGCUCAGUAAGCAGAAUGGCCACUUCUGUUUGCCCCAGUCGAGCAUAGUUCUCAAAGUCUACCAACACUUUGGAGUAAAUGGGUUUUGUUUUAUUUUGUUUUGUUUUGUCUUGUUUUGUUUUGUUUUAUCUUCUAAUGCUAUGAAGGGAAAGUUGGUAUUUAUAUCAUUAAAUCUGCUUUGGAAAUAUGCAGGUGCUUAAAUAACAUGCACGUAAAACCCAGGCCUCCAGAGCUCUCAAAAGGCUGGCAUGAGACUUAGCCUGACUGACAUCCUGCAAAAGGGACCAGAAACUCUUAAAGGAAGUGGACACAUCAGAAAUCUAGUUCCCUCCCACUUUUCUAGAUUCUCUGUACAAAGAUGCAAGAACAUAAAAGAAAACGUUGAAUCUUGUGAUUAGAUCAUUUUAUGUGACACCUGGUGAUGGCCUUGACUAUUGGCCAGUGUUCCCAUCUCUUUGUGGCUGGCUUGGCAGCCUCAGGUGACACUUCCAAUUUGGUAUAGGACGGGAGGUUUCAGUUGACAAUGUCACUGUGAGAACUGUAGAGAUUGUGUAAAGACUGUAGUGGCCUGUUGGGUUUGCCCCUGUAGUUCACGAUUUAGCAUCCUUUGUCAAAAGCAUGCCAAGGCCGCGAUGAGCCUGGCUUGUGCCUCUUGGGAGCAAGGCCUGCCAGAGACAGACAGGGGACCCAGUCACUGUCCAGCCUGGCCCUGCCCAGGCUAAGCCUCGCCUUCAUGUUGCUCCUCUGCAGAACGGCAUGUAGCAGCUAACACUGGGGCCUGUUGCCUUUACUCUAUUUUCUAUGAUGAAUACUUGUGGAGAAACUGUGACAAAUCCAUUGAUCCUAAUAUUUUUAUUGUUGGAGUCUUGUGGCUUCUCUGAAUAAUUUCUAUUUGAUUGUACUGUGUAGAAUUCAUACACACUAGGGAUAUGUUAAUAAAGCUAAAAUGCAUAGUAUAAUAUAGAAUAGCAAAAACAAAUUUUGUGAACAAUUUAUAUAGAAGAGUAAGUUGUUUUUUAAGUGUUAGGCCAUUUCUUUUAGGAACUUAAAAUGUUAUAAGAGUUUUUUAAACAUUCAAUAUUUUUAAUUAUAAGAGACAUUUGUUACUAGAGCUAAUUAUUUCAGGUGUUCUAAUUGGAAUAUUGAUUUUCUUACCUCAUAUACCUCUAGAAUGCCACAUGUUCCGUUGGGGGUAAAAUUGCACAAUAAAUGUCAAGUUAUCUGUUAAA